AAAAAAAUCAAACCCAAGGUGAGUUCAACUGAAAAGAUUCUCCUUCAUAAAAAAGUUUCCAAUUCGGCAAUUCCUCGUAGACACCCAAUCAAAACGGAAAUACACAGUGAAAUUCGCUUUCCAUUUUUUCCACGAAAAGUAUUUUCCUAAACCCUAACCCCAAAUUUCCUCUUCUCUUCAUGAAUCAAAAUGUAUAUCCCACCCAAUCGCACCUCAAAAUUUCCUUAAAUUCGAAAACCCCCAAAGUAAUUAAACCCUAGAAAGAAUCUAUCAUCAUAUUCGGCCAUGGAUCCAAUGGGCCUGAGCCUGGGCCCAAUUCCCUCCCCCGACGGCGACGGCGACGGUGGUGGCGGCGUCGAUGCCUGGUACGGUAACAUCCAGUACCUUCUCAACAUCUCCGCCAUCGGCUCCAUCUGCUGCGUCGUCAUCUUCCUCUCCAUCAAGCUCCGCAGCGACCACCAUCGGAUCCCUGGUCCCACCGCCCUCUUCACCAAGCUCCUCGCCGUCUGGCACGCCACGUGUCGCGAGAUCGCCCGCCACUGCGGCGCCGAUGCCGCUCAGUUCCUCCUGAUCGAAGGCGGAAGCUUCGCCGUACUCUCCUCCAUCGCUCUCCUCUCGAUCUUCCUGAUUCUCCCUAUCAACAUCUACGCCGGCACCGCUUCUCUGAACGACGACCAGUUCUUCAAAACGACGAUCAACCACAUCGCCAAAGGCUCUCCUUUGCUCUGGAUCCAUUUCCUCUUCGUCGUCGUCGUCGUCGUUUUGGUUCAUUUCGGUCUCUCCGCGAUCGAAGAGAGGUUAAGGUUCACUAGGUUUAGAGACGGGAAUGGAAAUCUGAGCGAUCCGGCUGCGAAUUCAACCGCGAUUUUCACUAUAAUGGUGCAAGGAAUUCCAAAGCGUCUCAGCGCCGAUGAUCGAAGCGCUUUACAUGAGUAUUUCCAGUACAAGUAUCCCGGAAAGGUAUACCGCGUUGUUCUUCCGAUCGAUUUGUGUGCCUUGGAUGAUUUAGCCACCGAAUUGGUUAGGGUUAGGGACAACAUUUCUCGUUUGGUUGCUCGAAUAGACUCGCGCGAAUUCAAUGAGAUUGAGGUGACUUACGUGAAUACAAUGUGGAGAAAUGUACUGGAAAAGUUGGGAUUCACAGAUGAAGAUAAGUUGAGAAAGUUACAAGAGUCGCGAGCUAAGUUAGAGACCGAAUUGGCUGCUUAUAAAGAAGGCCGAGCUCCAGGUGCUGGUGUUGCCUUUGUUGUGUUCAAGGAUGUUUACACGGCGAAUAAAGCAGUUCAAGAUUUUCGGAACGAGAGGAUGAAGCGGUUUGGGAAGUUCUUUUCUAUUGUGGAGUUGAGGCUGCAGAGGAAUCAAUGGAAGGUCGAGCGAGCUCCUUUGGCUACAGAUAUAUAUUGGAAUCACUUGGGUUCGACGAAGCUUCAAUUGAGAUUGCGGAGAGUGAUGGUGAACACUUGCUUGCUGUUGAUGCUCUUGUUUUUCAGCUCUCCACUUGCUGUGAUCAGUGCUGUGAAAGGCGCUGGACGGAUUAUAAAUGCAGAAGCUAUGGAUAGUGCGCAGUCAUGGUUGGCUUGGGUGCAAAGUUCGAGCUGGCUCGCCAGUCUAAUCUUUCAGUUCUUGCCAAAUGUGAUUAUAUUUGUGAGCAUGUAUAUAAUAAUCCCGUCUGUUCUUUCGUAUCUCUCUAAGUUUGAACGGCAUCUUACAGUGUCCGGGGAGCAAAGAGCUGCACUUUUGAAGCUGGUGUGCUUCUUCUUGGUGAAUCUGAUUCUCCUAAGGGCUUUAGUCGAGUCUUCGUUAGAGAGUGCAUUGUUGAGUAUGGGAAGGUGUUAUUUGGAUGGGGAGCAUUGUAAGAGGAUUGAGCAAUACAUGAGUGCAUCAUUCUUGUCAAGAUCAUGCCUUUCCUCGCUUGCAUUUUUGAUCACGAGCACGUUUUUGGGUAUAUCAUUUGAUCUAUUGGCUCCGAUUCCUUGGAUUAAAAGGAAUAUUCAAAAGUUCAGGAAGAAUGAUAUGCUCCAGCUGGUCCCUGAAACUGAAGAAUACCCAUUAGAGCAUCAAGAAAUAGAUGGUCUUAGGAGACCAUUGAUGCCCGAGAGUCUGUAUGACAGUCCUAGAUUCAAUAGUAUUGAAUCUAUCGAUAUCCCGGGCCAAGAUCUUUCUGUAUAUCCAAUCAAUAGAACAUCAACUGCCCCGAAACAGACAUUUGAUUUUGCACAGUAUUAUGCAUUCAAUUUGACAAUAUUUGCACUGACCAUGAUAUAUUCAUCAUUUGCUCCACUUGUGGUUCCUGUUGGUGCAGUUUAUUUUGGCUAUAGGUAUGUGGUUGACAAGUAUAACUUUCUGUUUGUAUAUAGAGUCCGGGGUUUUCCUGCCGGAAAUGAUGGGACGUUAAUGGAUACUGUAUUGAGCAUCAUGCGAUUCUGCGUAGAUCUGUACUUGGUCUCGAUGCUCUUGUUCUUCUCGGUCCAAGGAGACUCCACUAAGCUGCAAGCUAUAUUCACGCUUGGGUUGUUAGUAAUAUAUAAAUUGUUGCCGUCUAAUAAUGAUGGUUUUCACCCAGCUCUUUUGGAAGGCAUACAGACUAUUGAGAAUGUUGUAGAUGGGCCAAUUGAUUAUGAGGUCUUUUCUCAGCCUAAGUUCGAUUGGGAUAUAUAUAAUUCAUGAGUGGAGCUGUAACUGUAACACAUUAUUGAUCAGUUAGUUGACUUGUGCAGAUCCUUCUCUGUUGGCCUUAUAGAAUUUAUUUAAAAAAAAAAAACUUAUUUCUCUGUUGUUCAUAUGUAAUUGUAAACGUGUUUUAUUAUAUUUAUUCAUUCUUGUUUACUUUGUAUAUAUGCUGCUAGAGUCUCACAUGGUACAUUGCAGUCUGAAAUGCAUGAAAUGCAGAUUAUCUCUGACUUUGUUUUGAAGCCCCCCAAUCGGUGAAGGUUUGCUGGAGGUACACAAUUCAUUGGAUUAUGCACAUUCCUCCAAUUCUUUCAUUUUUUGCAACCCAUUUGAUUUGUUUGUUCUUGACUGCUUAUGGCAGAGUCAUGCUCAUUUAUAGGGUUCAAGUUCAGUAGUGUGAAAUUCAUUUUACUUCUUGUAACUAGUGGCUUCAUGGAGCUAUUUGGGAAUUGUUUGAAUCUCUAAAUUACUGUAGUUUUGAUGAAUUUAACUACAAAUGAUUAGUAUAAUAGAUGACUUAGUUUCGAAAAUGCCUCAAGCCCUUGCUAAUGUCUACCAUUGAAGGCAAGGUAUCAUGAAAUUAUUCAAUCCCUCUAUUAUAUUAUACAUGUGGUUCUCAUAACCAAUAUAAGUAAGCCAUUAUGAGUUUUAGUGACUAUGUGGACUGUCUAAAAUUAGGAGUGGAUAAGAAAUAGCUUCUUCUUAUUUAUGGUAAGACCACAUGGCUUCUUCCCAUUGUAUUGAAUAAUAUCUCCACCCUCUUUUAACUCUUGAUCAUGGCCUAUCUUAAGCAUUUUAUUUCUUACCUCUUGUCAUUAAAAGUGGGAACCAAAAUUUGAGGUGCUCAUGCGAAAAUAACUCUCAAUCUCGCUAUCCAAAAUGAUGCAUUGAGAAGGGGUCAGAUUAGAGUUAAUGCUUCAUUGUUAGUAUUUGAUUAAUGAUUUAAGGAUUUAGCUCAUCAUUUACUGAAAAAAAAAAAAAUAGCAGCACAAAAUACAUGACCAUAUAUAACAAUUAUUCUAUCAAUUAUAUAUAUGUAUAUAGAACAAUUAUUCUCUCCUAUCCAGAUUUAUCUUGUUAAAACAGGCAUGCUUUACAAGCAAAAAAGUGGGGUCAAACCCAAAACAUCCAGUAGUCCAUGCUGCAAACGUGAGGGUUCAUGCAAUUCCGCAUGACCUGCCUCAUGAUAGUCACCAUGAAAAAGAAACUGUUGUGAUGCUCUAAAUGAAUAUUUGAAAAAUUAUAAUUGCAUUGGAGAAAGUGUUGAAAAUGCAAGGUGAGCUAUAUUUUGGGAGUUUGAUGACAAGUGGGUGCAAAUUUACUUGGACCAAAUGAAAUGUAGGCAAAGAUGAGAAAUAGAGAAAAAUUAGGAGAUAAAAGCCAACUGGUCAAGACACAUCCUUAACCAUUCUUAGCCAAGCAAAUGCUCUCUCCUACACUCGAGCAGGUUUUACAAUCCAAUGUGGCUCCACUUAUCAGUAAUUUCUCACUUGCAACUCUCUCUCUCUUUUAAACGUGUGGCUAACCAUUAAAUUAACUGAAAGUUUUUAAUUAAUUGCCAUUUUGAUGAAGAAGACUUAAAUUGUGAGUCACAAGUAAGUUGUUGUUUCAUUUACUUGUGACAUUGAUUUUCUUCUUCAAUUUUGAGGGUCAAGCUCAAGGCAGGAGAGAGUUAUGCAAUAUUGCAAUAUGCAUCAUUCAGCAGUGAAAAGCAAUCUUGUUGGUUCAGGUUCAGAAACAAACAAGCUUGGGUCUAGAGGCAAUGACCAGCCCCUCUGCCCUAAGCCCCGUCGGAUUGGGCCUGCCAUUCCUGAAUUUCUCAAACCCCAAAGAUGUAGCAAGCACAGCCAACCAAAUAUAGAGGGGAGAAGAGAUAUUCUGAAUAUAAUUUCUGAAAAAGUAAGUACAUGUUAUGCUGUUGUUAUUAUUAUUUGUCUGCGUUAUAUUAUUCCACUCCAAUAUUUUCCUUCAUCAAAGAGUUUCAAUGUCAGUCUAAUACAAUUUGAUCAUCUCUAAUGGUUUAAUGUGAGUGCUUACACAGAAUAGUACUGAUGGAAGGGAUUAUAUAUGCAAUGGGUGUACAUCAUGUUACCCGGGGUCCCCUCCAGGAAGAACAGAUAAUCCGUUGGUUCAUGACGUGCAAUUUGUUCAUCAAAUGGAACUUCUUUCGCCGUUUACACAAACUAAGCUCUCUGAUAAAUUUGGCUUCACAUCUGCCUCUCCAGUAUGAGAGCUUCAGAAAAUGAUGCAGCAGUUUUGAGGAAAGUAUAUGAUUGUCCUUCCAAUGAGUUUCCUUCACUAGGAGCACCAUUUUGAGGGGUUCUUUUUUUUUUAGCACUAUUAGUAUGAGUAUGCACUUCCAAGUCUUAAUUUUGGGAAUCAGUUUGUAAAUAUUGUGAGAUGAAUGCAUUCAAAUGCAUCUUGUACAUAUUCUGAGAGGGCUAUGAUCAUUUCUUGUAUAUUCACUAAGUCUAUGUCAAUUGUAGUCAUUGUUAAAGAGUA